AUGGAUAUCGAUACGAAGAUCAAGGCAUACCGCUUCGUCGCCUACUCGGCUGUCGUAUUCUCGGUGAUUGCCGUCCUGUCCGUCUGUAUCACUCUGCCCAUCGUCUACAACUAUGUGCACACAGUACGUCGACAACUUCACAAUGAAGCUAUCCUCUGCAAGGGAUCAGCGAGAGAUGUUUGGGCAGAUGUGCACAAUCUGAAACGAUUCCAACAGCCUCAUAACCGUACCGCGAGACAGACUGGUUAUGGUGACGAAGACAGUCAUGGUGGUGAACCACCACGACCCAAUGUGCCAGUUUAUGAUGCAGGUUGUGAGGGAUGUUGCCUGCCCGGUGCCCCGGGAGCUCCAGGAGCUCCUGGUAAGCCUGGAAGACCAGGCAGACCUGGUGCACCUGGCAUGCCUGGAAAUCCAGGACGACCACCAAAAAUGCCUUGUGAGACAGUUACUCCUCCUCCAUGCAAGCCUUGCCCACAGGGACCACCGGGCCCACCUGGAGCUCCAGGAGCUCCAGGAGAUAACGGAAUCAACGGAGAACAAGGACCACCAGGUGAAGACGCUGCUCCCGGAGAACAGGGACCCAAGGGGCCACCUGGAGCUCCUGGAAAGCCCGGAUCCCCAGGAGAAGCGGGAGAGCCCGGACUACCAGCUGAAUGCGAGGCACCUCAGGCAGGAGAACCAGGACCUAACGGUGAUCCUGGACCAGAAGGACCAAUGGGACCAAUGGGCCAGCCCGGAACUGAUGGAGCACCAGGUCAACCUGGCCCGAAAGGACCUCCCGGACCGGACGGAAAACCCGGAGCUGAUGGCAAUCCUGGGCAACCCGGACCUCAAGGACCUCCUGGACAGCCUGGAGAGCGCGGUAUUUGCCCCAAGUAUUGCGCUAUCGACGGAGGGAUCUUCUUCGAGGAUGGAACUCGUCGUUGA